AUGCGGCUGAGAAGUCCUGGGCUGCUCUUGCUGCUGCUCAGUGGCCUGCUAGCUGCCAACUAUAGCAUGCCUGUUGUUAGCAGCCCCAGUGGCCCCUCCCAGGAUGAGGAGCUCACUUUCACGUGCAUAUCCACAAAUGGCUACCCGAGACCCAAUGUGUACUGGAUCAACCGCACAGACAACAGCCUUCUGGACAAGGCACUGCAGAACAACACAGUGUCCGUGAAUGAGCGUGGCUUGUAUGAUGUGGUCAGCAUCCUGAGGGUGCAGUGGGCCCCAAAUGUGAAUGUCCAGUGCUGCAUAGAGAACGUGCUUCUGCACCAAAACCUCACUGUCGGCAACCAGAUUGAUGAGGCUUCAGGUUUGCACUUGACCCCAGACAAAGAAACUUCCUCUAGAACCAAAGAAAAGAUCACAGAUAAUCCAGGCAGGCCUGAGGAGAAAAAUAAUAUAGCCAUUUUUAUCACCUUUGGAAUCCUGGCCAUUAUUGCAGCUAUAGCUACUGGCUGGUUUUGUAGAAACAGAUGUUCCCGUGGAAGCUACACAGGUUCCCAGGGUGUCCGGCCAGAGCUUGAGCUUACGGCAUCCUACCCAGCCUCCAUGACCUGUUCUGCCUUCCAGGCCUAUAAUGAAGACCUCCAGCUCUAA